GCGGUCAUGGCCGCACCGGGAGCGCUGCGGCUGCUCGCGCUGCUGUGGGCCGGGGUGGCCGUGCUGGCCGGCCGGCCCGGGCCCGUCCUCUCGGCGCAGACAGGUGGGGAGGUGACCAAUGUCACCGUGGAGGCGGCCGCCGACCCUGCCGACUCUGUGGUAAUCAGCUCCGCGACUGAUGAAGCCGUGGACGAGCUAGUGGACCAGGCGGACGGGGAUGUGGACGAAUCCGAGGAGAGUGACCGCUCCUCAAACCUGGCAGCGCUGCUCACCAGGCGGAAAGCCGGCUGCACGUACGGCGGUCAGCUGCACGCCCCCGGCGCCAGUAUCAAGUCGACGGAGCCGUGUCUCAACUGCACGUGCCACCCGGUCUCUCUGACCAUCACGUGCCACCUGCGCGUGUGUCCCACGUACCCAGUGCCACCGCCGGCCGGCUGUUUCCUGGUGACCAGGAACGGCCGCUGCUGCUCAGAGCUCAUCUGCGACCACGACAUCAACACCGUGCGCCGAGACCAGCGGCGGGACGACCUGCCGUCGGCAGAGGUGGCGGAUCUGGCCGCCAAGCUCCAGCUGGGCAACUCCACCGGGCUAGCGGACCUCCAGGGCGGAGAUGGCAGCUGCACGGUGGCCGGUACUGUGUACGCCGACGGCUCGGCGAUGCUGACCUCGUCGCGGUGUCAGUACUGCUUCUGUAUCCGCGGCCGGCAGCGCUGCGUCCAGCCGCGCUGCACGCUGCGGGAGGAGGGCUGCCGGCCCCGGUACCGGGCGCUGGGCACCUGCUGCCCCACCGACUACGACUGCAAGUCGGCUACUACGACUACAACCACCACCACAACCACCACCACCGAGAAACCAUCGCGAGACUGCACCAUGCGCGGCCGGACGUACCCGGAGGGCUCUCGGGUGACGGACCUGGCCCGGCCGUGCCGCUCCUGUUUCUGUCUCCGUGGCCACGUCCGCUGCGCCCCCGUCCAGUGCUCGCCGGCUCUGGAGGGCUGCGCGCCCAUCAUGGAGCCCGGAAAGUGCUGCCCCGUCUCCUACAACUGCUCGGCCAGCCUGCCUGACGCCGGUCUGGUGGCCCGCACGACCCUGGAUCAGGAGGACUUGGAUGAGGAUAUAGAAGACGAAGACGUCACCGAUUCACUGGCACAGGCGGUGGAAACUGAGGAGCCCGACACAGGUCGUCCGGUCAGUUUCGCUCGCUCAGCGAACCCAGCACCGGCGGAGGAGGCGGUCGGGGUGGGCUCGGUGGUCGCCGUCGACUACGGCUCGGUGCGCCCGGCCCCGGCCCGGGCCCCAGCCCCGCAGUGGUCGGCGCCCGUCACCUUCCGUCUCAGUGUAAAGAGCCCCGGCCUCAAGGUGUCGGGCGGCCAGCGGCUGCCGCCCUGGUUCGACCGGCACGACACCGGCCUCCUCACCGCCAGGGACCUGGUCCUCUCCGGUAACGAGAUCGCCAGUCGGCGACGACAGCUGCGUGUCGACGAGCUGCCGGCGGCUGAGACGGCGGCACCGACGGGUCAACAGGAUGGCGCCGGACACGCCGCACCGGCUGACGAGACGAUCUUAGACAAGAGUACACUUGCCGUCUCUGGAGAAACUGAAGCAGAGAAGACCGCGGCAGGCGAUAUGGUGGACGUGGAGGAGGGCUCUGGUGAGGCGACUGACGUCGAGAGCCUGGCGGCGGAGGACUUACACGCCAACCCUACCCCUGCCAUUGAAGACGCGCCCGCCGACCCGGCCCCAGCGGAGGACGCGCCCUCCGCCCUUACCCUUUCCGCUGAGGACGUAGCCGCUGACCCGGCACCGGCGGUGGCGCCGCUCGGCGGGCCGGUAAUGAUGACCGGGGCGUUCGCCGGGUUCUCCGGGCACGUGAUCCCCAUCCUGGCUGACUCGGAGGACGAGCGGCGGAUCGAGGACGCGCUGGCGGCCGCGCAGCAGGAGGACGACGUGGAGGGCUCCGGACUGGCCGGUCCGCCGCGGCCCGAGCUGACCGUCACCAACAUCAUGAAGGCGGUGCUGAGUGAGAUCGAGUCCCGCCAGUCUGCGGUGCAGACGAUCGUGGACGAGCCGGGAUCCGAGUCACUGCCGGGGCAGGCGGCGGCGCCAGAGACGGGCAGUCAGAUGUUGGAGGGGACGGCCUUCGACGACCCAGAGGUCGGUCCGGCGGACUCUGACGAGAUGCUGCCGGUCACCCUCAGCUCGGCAGAGAAAGCAGUCUCUGCAGCGACAGACGAUGUUGAGGGUAGCGGCGCAGAGCAGGAUGAAGCAGAACAUCAUUCUUCAUCUGUUUCCGAUGGCAAGAUCGCGCAGGAGCAAAUACUUGUAGAAGAAAAAUUGAUGCCCGAGGAGCAUAUGGAAAUUAAGGCGGAGAAGCACCCUUUUGUAAAGGGCGGCGAAGCGAAGAUCGAGGCAAACGAUACUAGCGAAAAAGUGAUGCAAGAAGUUCAUAAAGGCGCUGAACCAGAGUCUGCGUCCGAGCACGAGCCAGAGCCUGAGUCCGAGCCUGCCUUGGAGUCUGAACCAGGAAAUCUGGCGGAAACUGAACCAGAGGCCACGUCCGAGCCUGAACCAGAACCAGCAUCGGAACCUGAACCAGAACCAGCAUCGGAACCUGAACCAGAGCCUGAAACAGAACCUGCAGCUCAACCAGAUCAGGAUCAUGUGUCCGAUUCCAAAUCAGAAUACGACCCCGAUGAUGAGCAUGAACCGAAUCCAGAACCCGAGUCAGAAUCAGAGCCAUCAUCUAGCCCAGAAUCCGAAUUCAACUCAGAACCGAAGCCUGAGGCAGAGACGACUACGGCCAACGCUGAGCCAGAGCUCCAGUCUGCGCCGAAGCUCAUACCUGAGAAAGAACCGGAGCCUGCCCUUGCAUCACAGUCAGAGUCAAAGGCCGACUCAAAGUCCAAGACCGAGGCUACAUUGGGGUCGAAGUCAGAGCCAGUACCUGAUCUUGAGUCAGGUCCUGAGUUCACGCCAACAUUGGAGUCAAGAACAGAUACUACACUCGAAACGAAAGUAGAUAAAAUGCCUGAACCAGAGUCACAAUCAAAGCCCAUGACUGAGUCUAGUUCUCAAUUGGAAGCGGAGAUGAAGUCUGAAGUGAAGUCAGGAUCGGAACCAAAGGAUGUAACCGAAUCUGGAUCAUCUUCAGAAACGGGCGAAGAAACAAAAUCAAAGCCAGCAUCUGAGCCAGAGUCAGAAUCCUCAUCAGAACACCAGGAUAAGGCUGAACAAGAGACCAAAACACCAGCAGAGCCGACAUCCCAGUCAGCGAUGGACCCCGAGACGACGGAACUGACACCCGACGCCGACGUUCCGCCCGAUACAGUGGUCGAGUCUCAGUCUGCGUCUGCUACUGAGGGAGACACCGGCCCUGCUGGGGCAGUUGAAGGAGCUCCCGAGUCAAACCCUGAUGCUAAAGGUGAACAAGAACAACUUCAACCCGAAGAUACUGCCGAGACAAGCACAGCCUCAGAAGCUGCUGGGCCGGAAAUGCCCGACCAGAAUAUCAAAACCAGGGAAAACAGCGACGCGGGCGGUAUGACCGAGGGUAGCGACACCGGCGACGACAGCGUCCCGUCUGACCCGUCAGAAGCCAACGAGCCCUCCACGGAGCCGACCACGCCCCCGACCUCAAGCACCACCACCCGGCGGCCGCUGCGGCCGCUCGGCUUCCUCUCGAUCCUGGACCUGCUCACCGGGCGGCGGCCCGUCUCCAGCCUCCCCACCCGGAUCCCGCCGAGGGCACCUCUGCGGACCACCCUGGCACCCACACCCGUGCCGGUACCGACGGUCCGACCCACUCAGUCGCCGUUAGCAGGAACCUCGUCAGAGACGACCGGCUCUGAACACUCGGAGCAACCGCUGACAGGGUCAGGUCACGAGGGGACGGGCCACCACAGUUCUUCCCCGGUCUCUGCGGAGCCCGGAUCAGAACAGAGUCCCAUUCGGCGCACUGAGACGGAUGGCAAGGAAUCCCUCCCGGAGGCUGAGGUUGCACCUCCAGGGAGGCCCGUAGCGAACACUGAGGCGGCGCCGGCUACAUCUUCAGCUCACGUGCCAACCAAAUCACCCCGACCGGCACCUAGCACGACCCCGCGGACAGCACCAACCACCACCCUUCGGCCGGUGCCAACAACGCCUAAGGAGCGGCUGGCUCUGGACGUGCUGCAAAACACCGAGUUCGAGGAACACGAGCUGCCGCCAGCACUACCCAACCUCAGGAUCAUCCCGUUCGUGGCGGCGGACGCCGUGGUGAACCGCUACCCCGAGGAGCUGUCGGCGGAGAGUCUGAGCAGCCGGUUCGGUCUGACUGCCGCCGACCCGCCAGCUCAGCAGGACACCCGCGCGCCGCCAGACUGGUGCCGCGUGGAGGAGCGGCUGUACCGGCACGGAGAGCUGGUGUACCGGCCCGAGCAGCCCUGCCGCACCUGUCGCUGCUACCGCGGACGGGUGCUCUGCCAAAACACAGAGUGUCCGCCGGUGCCCGCCGGCUGCCGAGCGAGGACACGGCGCGGCUUCUGCUGCCCGCAGAUCAUCUGUGCUGAGGAGGUGACGGAGUCGGUGGAUGAAGCUCUCGGCCCGGUGGGAGAGCUGGCGGGCGCCGUUCCUCCAGUGCCUACCACCAGGGAGCCCGUGUUUCCUACUACGAAGCCCGUGAUUACUACCAGGAAGCCGGUGUUCACUACAAGAGAGCCCGUGGCUACGACAAGAGAACCUGUGAUCACCACCCGGGACCCGGUGUUCGCUACCAGGGAUCCGGUGUUCACCACCAGCGACUCAGUGUUUACGACAAGAAGGUACGUGUUCGCUACCACGGCGGCUCCGCCGCUGCUGCCGCCGGGCCGGCGCCGCAUCCGGCCGAAGCCGGCGCGGCUGGCGGACGCCCUGGCCUCUGCCAGCAGCACCACCACCGAGUCGAGCCGGCCGGAGACGGCGCUCGACAGCCUGGCCUUCACGCGCGGCGGCGGGCCGGCGGCCGCGCUGCCGGCGGGCGACACGGCGCCGCUGGUCGGCGACAAGCCGUCCCGGCGGCCGAUCCUGCCCCUGUUCGGUCGGCCCGACCGCACCCGGUACCGACCGCGACCGCGGCCCCGGCCGAGGCCGCGCCCGGCGCCGGAGACUACCCCGCCGCCGCCGACCACGGCCCCGCCGGUCACCACCCAGCCGCCUCCGCCGUCCACCCAGCGGGUCACCGAGACACCCGCCCCGGAGACACCAACCACCAGACGGACCCCGCCGACCACCGAGAGGGUCACCAGGAGGCCGCCGCCGCCGACGACGACGACCAAGGAGCCGCUGCCGCCGCCGGAGGAGCGCGUGAAGAGGCCUCCGCUGCCGCGGCCGACAAAGAGGCCGACUCCGCCGCCCAUCGAGGAGACCAACGAUCUCGCCACGGGAGGCGACCCGUUCUCCCUGUUCGGUGCGCUGAAGCUGUCCGGGUGUAACAUCUUCGGCCGCAUGUACCGACUGAACACGGUGGUCGCUGAACUAUCGGACAAGUGCACCGAGUGCCGGUGUACCUCCACGGGAGUGACCUGCCGCCCCACCGGCUGCUGAGUAGCCGCGGGAGCGGAACGGGAGAACAUGGUCAGCGAGACUGGAGCGGGAGCGGAGCGGAGCAAGAGUCGUUGUGGAUGGAGCCGAGCCGGAGCCGGAAUCGCGUCUGAAGACGGACGGGAUCCGAGGUUUACGACGUCAGAAACCAGAUGCAUAAGCUCCAGCCGGGAGGGAGGGGAACUGAGCCAUGCAUUCCGGGCAUUAUUGUGAGAUCGGUCUAUGGUCGUGUGUUGUUCUGGUCUCAGAGGCACUGGCGUCUGUACGCGUCAGUCCGCCAACCGAGGGUUGGCCGAGUGACUGCCGGGCAUUAGAGAGCUGUUUUAACAGACAUGAGAAGCACUUCAUAGUGACAGUGAUUUUAAAUACAAGUUUUAUAAACACC